AUGCCUCGAGAUGAUCGUGACGCGGCGCCGCCGGUUUUUCGGCCUGGGAAGAUACUCGGCAAGCGCUGGAAGGUCGUCAAGAAGAUUGGCGAGGGCGGUUGUGGAGCCGUCUACAGGGUGAUGGAUACACAGACCAAGAUCGAGGCGGCCCUGAAAGUCGAAUCGAACAACGUACCUGGCGGCAGUGUGCUGAAGAUUGAAUUGACCGUCUCCAGCCAGGUGCGCACUGGGAUCAACAUCUUGUACGGGUUGAAGCAGUUGCAUGAUAUCGGCUUCGUCCAUCGUGAUCUGAAACCGGCGAACCUUGCCAUCGGCCCGCCGAACACUUGGCCAGCCCAUUUCGUGCACGUGCUCGAUUUCGGGCUUUCCCGUGAAUAUGCUCAGAUGGUUGAGCCAGGGAAAUACGGAUUACGGCGCCCGCGAAGCAAGUGUCUCUUCAGUGACAAGAAAGAAGUGGCCGAGGUGAAACGGUCGACCGCCGACAAAAUGCUCUUAUACAACUGUCCCGUGCAACUCCUCGAGUAUGCCGAGCACCUUCGCGAGCUCAACUACUACACGCGCCCAAACUACCGAAAGCUGUACGAAACGCUGGCUGACGUGAUGAAUGAUGGGGGCUUCAAGUACGACUGGGAAAGGGUGGCCGUGCGUCCGAGUCGCAGCUUUGAUGCUUUUCGAGGAUCUAGCGAGGAUUUGCAGACCGCCCACACCGCACCCUCUCACGAGAAAAUCGGCAGCCGCGAGAAUGUUGCGGCGGAAGGCAAGAGCACGAUGGUCGAGCCAGCCGACAAGCCUUCCGAGUUCAGCCCCGGCCCGAAUGAGCCCCUGCCGCUUGCCAAGUACGGCGAUCCCGACAACCCGUUCCCCGUCGAAGAUUUUGAGACGAACCCGCUACAACUU